UAAUGUGUCCUAAAUAUAAAGAUCGGGUUAAGUUCGAUGAGGGAUGAGGGUCAAUCGUGGGAAAGGGGUUGAGAUGAUCGGACGAUUGGGUGGUGCAGAUUACGUAAACGAGAGGGAAGUUAUCGAAAAUCGAGGAAACAGCCAAAAAUUGUGAUAGUGGGGACGGAGUCUGUGCGCAGCAUCCGAACGGAUCAAUGAAUCUCUGACUUCUGUCUCUCAGAUCCACCUUCGCGCUCGUCGUCAACGCUGGGUCCGUUCGCCGAGCACUCGGACAAGGGCGUGAACCGUUGAACAAAUGAAUCGACGACUGAUUUGUACGUGAACUGAAUCCGGCAACUGAUCGGAUCGAAUUUCGUCAUAAUGAAAUACGAAGGUGUCGCAUUGUUCACAUUCCUAAUUAUCCUCAAUGACGAGGUGUACAAUGGACUCGUCGCCAGCCAAUUCAACAAUCCCACAUUCUAUAGGAUUGGCGGCGUUUUCUCCAACAACGAAAGCAAAGUGUCUUUCGAAAAUACUUUGAACAAUCUGAACUUCAACUCGAAGUAUGUUAAUAAGGGGAUCACCUAUAAGCACAAAGUGAUAGACAUGGAUUCCAACCCGAUUAAAACAGCUCUGAGCGUGUGUAACUCGUUAAUAGCGGAAAAAGUGUACGCGGUGGUCGUGUCUCAUCCUCCGACGGGCGAGCUCUCGCCAGCAGCUGUUUCAUACACAAGCGGAUUCUAUCAUAUACCCGUUAUAGGAAUAUCUUCGAGGGACUCGGCGUUCUCCGACAAGAACAUUCACGUCUCUUUCCUGAGGACGGUGCCGCCGUACUCGCACCAGGCGGACGUAUGGGUCGAAUUGUUGAAGCAUUUCAAUUACAUGAAAGUGAUCUUCAUUCAUAGCUCGGACACAGACGGUCGAGCACUUUUGGGAAGGUUUCAGACAGCAUCGCAGAAUUUGGAGGACGAUGUAGAAAUCAAAGUUCAGGUAGAGUCCGUGAUCGAGUUUGAACCUGGUUUAGAUAGUUUCACGCAACAAUUGAUGGACAUGAAGAACGCGCAAGCUCGAGUUUGUCUUCUCUACGCCUCAAAGACGGACGCGAUCGUGAUCUUCCAAGACGCAGCAGCGUUGAACAUGACCGGAGCAGGAUACGUUUGGAUCGUAACGGAGCAAGCUUUAGAUGCGCCGAACGCACCGGAAGGUCUUCUCGGGUUGAAAUUAAUUAACGCGGAGAAAGAGGAUUCUCACAUCGAGGAUAGCCUGGUAGUGCUUGUAUCCGCUGUACGGGAAAUGAACAAGACCAAAGGGAUCACAGAGGCGCCGAAGGAUUGUGGUGACUCUGGUUCCAUAUGGGAAACUGGCAAGAUCCUAUUCGAAUUUAUUCGCAAGCAAGAAUUGCCGAACGGUAAGACCGGGAAGGUAGCGUUCGACGACAACGGAGACCGAAUCUUUGCUGAAUACGACAUCAUCAAUAUUCAAGAGAACAACCGCGUGUCCGUCGGCCAGUACUUUUAUCCACCUAAUGGGAUGAAAAUGACACUCAGCGUGAACGAGACGGAUAUAAUGUGGCCCGGCCGACUGAAAAUUAAACCUGAGGGUUUCAUGAUCCCGACGCACUUAAAAGUACUCACGAUUGAGGAGAAGCCGUUCGUCUACGUUCGCGAGAUCGCACCCGACGAAACUUGCCUGUCGGAAGAGAUUCUUUGUCCCCAUUUCAACGCGACUGAAUAUGAGAAUACUAGAACAUACUGCUGCAAAGGAUACUGCAUGGACCUGUUGAGACAGCUGUCGAUGACUAUUAAUUUCACCUACAGCUUGGCUUUGUCACCCGAUGGACAAUUCGGCAAUUACGUGAUCAAGGAAACUUCAGUUGGAGGAAAGAAAGAAUGGACGGGACUUAUCGGAGAGCUGGUGAAUGAAAGAGCAGACAUGAUCGUCGCGCCUUUAACGAUCAAUCCCGAGCGCGCUGAGUUCAUCGAAUUCAGCAAGCCAUUCAAGUAUCAGGGCAUUACCAUACUUGAAAAGAAGCCAUCGAGGUCUUCGACUCUGGUGUCGUUCUUACAACCAUUCAGUAACACUCUAUGGAUACUGGUGAUGGUGUCGGUGCACGUAGUGGCUCUAGUUCUGUACCUCCUCGACCGGUUUUCGCCCUUCGGGAGGUUCAAGCUAGCAAAUACUGACGGUACCGAAGAGGACGCCCUGAACCUUUCCAGCGCCGUUUGGUUCGCCUGGGGAGUUCUACUCAACAGCGGGAUUGGAGAAGGUACUCCACGGAGUUUUUCUGCUCGGGUGUUAGGCAUGGUGUGGGCAGGAUUCGCGAUGAUCAUCGUCGCUUCGUACACUGCCAACUUGGCCGCGUUCCUCGUACUGGAACGGCCCAAGACCAAACUCACUGGCAUCAACGAUGCUCGUCUGAGGAAUACCAUGGAGAACCUUACUUGCGCCACGGUGAAAGGUUCCGCCGUGGACAUGUACUUCCGUCGACAAGUUGAAUUGUCCAAUAUGUAUCGCACAAUGGAAGCUAAUAAUUACGACACUGCCGAGGAAGCGAUUAGAGAUAUUAAAAUUGGGAAGCUUAUGGCUUUCAUCUGGGACAGUUCUCGCUUGGAGUUCGAAGCUGCUCAAGAUUGUGAAUUAGUAACCGCGGGAGAAUUGUUCGGCCGGUCCGGUUACGGUAUCGGCUUGCAGAAAGGCUCGUUGUGGGCGGAUGCUGUGACUCUCGCUAUCUUAGACUUUCAUGAAAGCGGUUUCAUGGAGAACCUCGACAAACACUGGAUUUUUCAAGACAGCGUGGAGCAAUGUGAGCAAUCAGAAAAAGCUCCAAACACUCUGGGCUUGAAAAACAUGGCUGGGGUGUUUAUAGUUGUUGGAGUAGGAAUCAUAGGUGGUAUCGGAUUAAUCAUCAUCGAGGUGGCGUAUAAGAAACAUCAAAUUCGCAAACAGAAGAAAAUGGAACUGGCUAGACACGCGGCCGACAAGUGGAGAGGCGCAAUCGAGAAACGGAAGACCCUGCGGGCUUCGAUAGCCGCUCAACGAAGAAUUCAAAGUAAUGGCCUGAACGAUCCUACGACCGUCAGUUUGGCGGUCGACACAGUAGCCAGGUCGAACGUAGCACCACGCAGCCCUGGCCGAGCCUGGCCAGGUGAUAGCGACAUUCGUCAACGACCCAUUCCCCGAUCAGAUGAUAUUCGACUGUCGCCGGCUGCCUACACGGCGGACGUCUCUCACCUCAUAGUCUGA